GAGGCCGUUCGGCAUGAGCUUGGCUUAUCCGCUCUUCCGCCUCCCGUGCCGCUGCUCCCUCGCGGCGGCGGGACUCGCGUCAUCGUCUCCGCUUCCCGUGUCGGUGAGCUUAUCGGCUUCGGCUUCCGCUGAUGGAGGCGGCGGGGGUGGGGGCGAGCUGACGGCGCGGGAGAAGCGGCUGCAGAGGAGGGAGCGACGUGAGCUGCGGGCGAUGGACUGGAAGGAGGAGGUGCAGGAACGGCUCAUCCACGAACCGGCGCGGCGGCGGAAGAAGCCGCCGAAGCGAUCAUGGAGGGAGGAGCUCAACCUCGACCUCCUCGCCGAGCUGGGGCCUCAGUGGUGGCUCGUGCGCGUCUCCAUGGCGCCCGGCACCGACUACGUCGACCUCCUCACCAAGGCCAUCUCACGGCGCUACCCCGAAGUCCCAUUCAAGUUUUAUAAUCCAUCCAUCCAAGUCAAGAGGAGAUUGAAAAGUGGCGCAAUCAGUGUCAAAUCAAAGCCUUUACAUCCUGGGUUGGUCUUUUUGCAUUGCGCCUUAAACAAGGAGCUACAUGACUUCAUCAGAGACACUGAAGGUUGUUAUGGCUUUAUUGGAGCUACAGUUGGUUCUAUCAAGAGGCAGAUUAAAAAGCCAAAACCUAUUCCAAUUGAAGAAGUUGAAUCAAUUAUUAGAGAAGAAAAGGAGGAACAAGCGAAAGUUGACAGAGAAUUUGAAGAAAUGGAGAACAUGGGAAAUGUUGAGUCAUUCAGUAAACCUGUUGAAGAAUCUGAACUUAUGUUAAUGAAUAAGAUCAAGAAGCAGUUUAAGAAAUCACCCUCAAAAGGUGGCACCAGCCAGCGAACUUUUUCACCUGGUGCUACUGUUCAUGUUCUCUCUGGGCCUUUUGAAGACUUCACUGCUUCUAUCCUGGAAGUGAAUCGCAAAAACAAGAAGGCCACUGUCCAGUUGACACUUUUUGGGAAAGAGAGCUUUGUGGAUCUAGAUUUUGAUCAAAUUGAGGCGGUUGAAGUGGACAGCAAUGAUAGCAAACUAUGAGGCAACUUGUGUUUCUGUAUGACAGUACCAAUAGCUUUUAUCAACACUCCAUGUCUCCAGCUGGAGCCUGGGUGAAUGAAGCGGAACUUUAGUGGGUGGACAGUGGAGUGUUGAAGAUCGAGCGAAUUACCAGCAAGACUAACAGUUAGCACAUGAGAUGCCGUCAAAAUUAACCAGAGUUACUGAAAUGCAAGUUCUUAAAUAAUGAGGAUGCAGGAUUUGAGAAAUCAUUGACUUCCACUAGGUUGCUCACAUUUUGCCUAAAUGUAGAAAGCAAUAUUUCAAUUUUGUCAGUUGCGCAGGUUAUUUAUUUCAUUUUUAUCACUAUGAUUCAUUUAUAAAUAAUUGAAAUCGAAAUAGAACUCUGAAUAUUUUUUUAAAUAAGUCUCUGAAUGUUUUUCAGUAAAUCCUGAAAUGUAGAAUGCUUUUUCAGUAAA